UAUUCCCGUGUGUAUGCGGAGUUCCGGCGGGGCAGGAGGAGCGGAGAAAUGGAGGAGAAGAAGCAGGACGAGCCGAGCAGCGGCCGCGGGGAGUCCUCCUCAGGAGGCGCUGAGAUCCAGAAACAUGGAGGCCACAGGAAAGCCAGGUACCAUAGCUCUCAGAGGAGUCACAUGGUUGAGAACCCAUACAGCUGUGAUCAGUGUGAGUCUGCCUUUGCUCAGCUGCAGUAUCUCAAGAUACACCAGCGUGUUCACACAGGAGAGAGGCCAUACAGCUGUGAUAUCUGCGGGUCUGCUUUCACUCAGUCAUGCCAUCUGCAGAAGCACAAACGAAGUCACACUGGAGAGAAACCGUACAGCUGUGACCAGUGUGGCCAAGCUUUUACAUUGAAAUGUAGCCUGAAAACUCACUACAUACGAUUUCACACUGCAGAGAAACCAUACAGCUGUGACCAGUGUGGCCGAACUUUUGCUAAGAAAUUUUCCCUGAAAGUCCAUCAGCAAAUCCAUACCAGAGAGAGUCCUCACUGGUGUGAGGACUGUGGGAAAACCUUUUCCCAUAUGUGCAUAAUUAAAAAUCAUCAUCGAGUGCAUGCUGGAGAGAGGCCGUACAGCUGUGACCAGUGUGGGAAAACUUUCAAAUUGAGGAGGACCUUAAAGAUCCAUGGAAAACCUUUAGUCAGCAAUUUAGCCUUACAUGUCACAUGCAAAUCCAUACAGGAGACAAACCGUUCUGGUGCGAGGAAUGUGGGAAGAAAUUCCGUCAAAAGCACAGCUUAACAUUACAUCAAC